AUGGCCGACAGCAUCGCUGAGGGGCAGAUCGACGCACACGUGAAGCAGAUGAAGCCGCUGACGCAGCAGCAGAGGACCAGCGCGGCGAAGACGCUGAAGACGUUGAAGGUAGAGAAGACAGAAGAGUCCAUGAAACGACUUAUAGCCCAGAAGGUCUUGAUCGCAGAGAUCGAAGGCAAACCGUGGUCUGAUAUUCGGAUUCGCGGGGGCAGGUUCGGCAAGGCGAAGAACGCGGAGGUUCGGACAUCCAGGCGGCUGUGCACGGACUGCGUUGCCCCCAAAACGACGCGCCCGAGGUUGGACCAGGGCCCAAAGGUUGCCAAGUAUAUCAAGGACCCCGAGACGUUGAAGAAGGACUUCUGCUUCGACCCCGCGAGAGAGUGGGUCAUCGAUCAGCGCGUGCCUCGCAAGGAGGGUUUCCAGGAGAUCGGGGCGCUUUCGGGAUGGAGGAGCGCCGCGACGAGGAGGUGGAGGACGAGGGCCAGGGCGUGGUCGGAGCGUCGCGUGCCCUGA